AUGAACAAUUAUAAAUUUGUCUUAUAAUUAAGCCGCACUUUUAAUACUUCUCUUUUUCACCAGAGUUCUUAGAGAUAUUUUGCUAAGGGGUACAAUCAAAGAAAGAAAAAUUAGCAUCCCACACCAGACAUCCUUGAAUAAAAGAAAUUAUUCCAAUCCGAUCUUGUUUAGUUCUCAAUCGCCAAUAAACAGUUUAUCAUUGAUAGUAAUACAUAGCUUGCUAAUGAUGAGUUAAAGAUUAAUGCUUACAUUUAGGAAAUCUAGAAAUAUCCAGUUUAAAAGUUACUUUCAGUAAUAUAAAGAUCACUCUUUGAAGUUUAUCGAAAAGGCGAUAAAAAUUAGAAUAAAAACCCAGAGUUUAAAAAACUAAUGCAGGCAUUCCUCGCAUUAAUAUAAAAGUAUCAAUAACUAAUUACUCAUACAGAUGCAACUGCUACCUUAAGGAUGAUCAAAACUAUUGACUAGCUUGGGCAUAAAAAAGUUGUGUAAAAACUAGAAACUAUCAUAAUGACUGCACUUUAGGAACAACUAACUGAUAAUACAAGAAAUAUCGAAAGAGUAAAGGAAAUAUUCAAAAUACCUUAUCCAUUGCUGCAUUAAAACAUGUUUAAACUUAUAAUAGAUAACUUUGCAAGUCUUGAUUCAAUAUUCCAUCUUUAAUUUCUCAUGACUCUCAUUAAGGAGUUGAAGAUAACCGAUCAAAUUAAGCUUAUUAAGGAAUAAAAAGAUGUAGAAGACCAAGUAGUUCAAUAUAUAAUUAAGGUAGUUAAUAACUAAGAAUUAAUUGAAAAGAUCAUUCAAUCUCAUAAAACCAGCAAGAUUAAAAUGCUAGCACUGCUAUGCAAAUUCAAAUACCUAGAUUAUGGAUCAAUAGAUAUUUACAGCCCUGAAAUGCUUAAGAGUCAUGAAGAUUAAGCAAAAGCUAUAUAUAUGAUUUAAAAAUCUCUUUAAGAAGAUGUUCAAUAUGAGAGAGUGUUGUUUACACAGUUUAAUGAGUUGCAGAGCAUAAUCUUCUUUUUGUAAAAUAGUGUAAUUCCAAAUGUCAGGCCAGAUCAAAUAUACCUCGAUGCCUUUAAGAAUUGCUGCGAUAAAAUUACUCUUAGUGAGUUAUCUCAACUCAAUCCAAAUAUACUCGGAAUGACUAUUAAAACAGUUGAUAAUAAUUAGAUGGACUAUGAUGCAGUUAAGAGAGUCAUUACCAGAGAGGAUGUUAAUAUGGAUUUACUUAAGGAAUUUGUAAAAAUGAUAGAAUUGAAAAUUGAAAAGCAGGUAUCACGAUUGUCUCAUUUAGCAUUGAUUUAGUAUUCAAACAUGACUAUGUUAGUAUAUAAAAAAUACCCAGAUAUUAUCAAUAGAGAAUUCAUCUUUCUCACUUAUGAAUCCGCCAUUAAGCCAAGAGUUAGUUUAUAUCUUAUGAAAUCUGAAGAUCCUAUAUUCAUUCUAGAAUUAUUAUCAAUAAAAGGAGAAGUAAAGAAUUAUCUAGAAUUCUGGGACUAGGCUAGCGGCUGUAUUUUAAAAAUGAAGAGGGAUUUGAGUUUUGAAUAAAUGAUUAAAGCUUCAGAGAUUUUGAUAAAAAUUAACUAGACUACCCCUGAUUUUUGGGAAGAGAUUGAAAAAUAUGUACUUAACAAUAGCUCAUAGUUAAGGAAUAUGGAGGUUUAGUAUUUAAUUAGAAUUAUUAUAGCUUUUGAUAAUGCUAGGAAGAGAAAUGAUACGUUUGGGAAAGUAUUCUCCUAACUCUUAUUAGAGAGAUCAAGUGAAAUAUAACUUUCUGAAUACCUGAACGUAUUAAAUGCUUUUGCUUAUAACAGCCCUUUGAUGUCUUAAGCUUUAUUUGAAGAUUUUGAGCUUAAACAUUUAUCUAAAGCUAAAAAACUCAACGAUCUAAACUUAAACUAAAAGCAAGAAAAUUAACUUCAAAACAUAUUGUUUAAAUAUAAAAUGCUUAGACAUGAAAAUUAUAGAGACUGGUUCCCCAAAUAUCACCAUAGAUGA